AACAUCAGCGUUUUUGGAAGGCGUUAUGUUAAGACGCUGUAAGGGUGAAGGGUUUGAUGCAGCAGGAGUUUGUCCAAGCUAAAGGAGAUAUUCAAACGCUCCUGUUUUUGCUCUUCUGUGGGUUGUUUCGGCACCAGGUACACCCUCAGACCACAAAAAAAAACAGAUCACAAGUGGAGCAUCAAUUUUUGCACGCACUGCUGUUACAAAUGAACUGAUGUAAUAUGUUCACACCUGCACAGCAGUGACUUGGGGAAACACGCUGAUACACAUGACGAAUCGGGCCAGACAUGGAUAAAUAUGUGAAGGUGAAGAAGAUCGGAGAGGGCUCUUUCGGGAAAGCCAUUCUGUUCAAGUCUAGGGAGGACGGUCGCCAGUAUGUCAUCAAGGAGAUCGGGAUCUCCAGGAUGUCUAAUAAAGAGAGACAGGAGUCACGCAAAGAAGUGGCCGUGUUGGCUAACAUGAGCCAUCCCAAUAUUGUGCAGUACAAGGAGUCGUUUGAAGAGAAUGGUUGCUUGUAUAUCGUGAUGGACUACUGCGAGGGAGGCGACCUCUUCAAGAAAAUCAAUAACCAAAAAGGCCUUCUUUUCCCUGAAGAACAGAUACUCGACUGGUUUGUGCAGAUAUGUCUGGCUCUUAAACAUGUACAUGAUCGUAAGAUCCUCCACAGGGAUAUCAAGUCACAGAACAUUUUCCUGACUAAAGAUGGUACAGUGCAGCUAGGAGACUUUGGGAUUGCCAGAGUUUUAAACAGUACCGUGGAGUUGGCCAGGACCUGCAUCGGGACACCUUACUAUCUUUCCCCAGAGAUUUGUGAAAACAAACCAUACAACAAUAAAAGUGAUAUUUGGGCCUUGGGAUGUGUCCUAUAUGAAAUGUGCACACUUAAGCAUGCAUUUGAAGCUGGGAACAUGAAGAAUUUGGUGCUGAACAUCAUCCGAGGUUCAUACCCCCCAGUGUCGGUGCAUUACUCUCAGGAUCUGCGUGCACUCUUGGGCCUGCUUUUCAAACGCAACCCCCGGGAGAGACCCUCCAUUGGUGCAAUACUGGACAAGCCGUUUCUCGCACGCAGAAUCCAGAAAUUUCUCUCCCCACAGCUCAUAGCUCAGGAAUUCAGCCAGCCUUCUCUCAUCAAACAACCCAAAAUAAGUGUCGCUCAGGGAGUCCCAGCCAAGCAUCCAAUCUCUGGUCCGGCAAGUGUCGCCCCUUCUCAGAAAAUCACCAAACCAGCUGCCAAAUACGGAGUGCCUUUAACAGCAAAGAGAGCUGCUGAUGCUGUGCGAAAACCAGCUGAUGCAGCCAGGAAACCAGUAGAGAAGAAAAUUUGGCUCAAACAGGCUCCCCCUCCAGCAGCAGUUCAAAGGCGAAUGAGUCGAAUGGAGGAGGAGAGGAGGAAGCAUGAGGAAGGAGCAAGAAAAAAACGGAUGGAGCAGAUGGAACGAGAGAGGAAACAGCGAGAGCAGAUGUUUCUCCUGAAGGCAGCUCAAAUGAAACGAUUCGAGAGGGAAAAGCUUAAUAGGAUCAACCGUGCUCGAGAGCAGGGCUGGAGGAAUGUCUUAAGCUCCAGUGGAGGCAGCAGCCCAGAGAGGAAGUUUUUUGCAGGUGGAGGUAUGGGAGCACUUCCUACUCCUGUACCAAGCCUCUCUCCUCUCCCCGGAGCUGCCCAUGUGCCAGGUCCAGUCAGAGGAUCCAAAGCUUCUGGAGACGGCAACCAGGCAAAGGUCGAACUAAACCAUGGCAUGGAUAACGGGCACGAUCAUUACUCUGUCAAGGGCCAGGCACGGAGGACGAGUCUCCAAAAUGAGACUGUCAUAAAAAACGACUAUGCCAACAGGUCUAGGCUAAGGGCUCAGGUAGUGGCAGGGAGGGCCAAACAGGUUGAGGAGUUCCUGCAACGCAAACAGGAAGCCCUACUCAAUAAAGUCCGUGCAGAAGGCCAGCUGGAGUAUUUGACUCGGCUGAGACAGAUCAGACUGCAGAACUUCAAUGAGCGACAGCAGAUUAAAGCGCGUCUCAGAGGAGAGAAGCGUGAUGGUGAGGGUUCAGACAGUCAAGAGUCUUGUGAGGAGUUUGAGCUCCGGAGGAAAAAGAUCGAAGCUCUGAAGGCGCAGUCGAAGGCCCGUGCAGCUUUCCUGAAAGAGCAGCUAGAGAAGAAACGAAGAGAGGCUUAUGAGAAAGAAAAGAAAGCGUGGGAAGAGCAUCUCGCUGCUCGAGGAGUAAAAGUUGACAUCGGACCACAGAAAGGGGCUGUGCCUCCACAACCUGACCACAUCUCUCAGGAUGACAUUGCUAAAGCCACACCCUCUUCUAGACCGACCACUCCAGCCAUCUCUAUGACUGCAGCACUUAAGGAUGUGGGCGUGACUUUGUCUGGGCAGAAAUUACCAGUAAAGGAAGAUCCCUUAAAAGUCGAGACAUCAGAUGCUCAGAGUGAGAGAAAGGAGAUUCUGCGCAGACUGAAUGACAAUUUAAAGGCUCACCCUUCCAAAGAAGAGGACGAGCAAGAGACGGCAUCUGUCAGCGAGCCAGGCCCCAUCCCUCAGCCCUGCCAGCCUGUCCCAGAUGAAAGACCACAAACUGGGGGUGAUAGACGAAAAUGGGAGACUGGAGCUCCUCCUGUACUCUCAGUAGCGCAGUACACACUGGAGGACACGUGUAGCACUUUGACAGUGUCUCAAUCAGAAUCUUCGGAGGCGAGUCCUGUCUCUGGUGGUGACAGGAAGAAGUGGCAGCCUGAUGAUGCUCCGCUUGCUGUGGCUCAUCAGACUCUGCACGACAGUAUUAUCACUACAGCAGAACAGACAACAGGUGAGGUCAUCCCUGCGGAGCCCUGGCAAGGGGCGGUGCUAAGGAAAGCAUGGGGGCAGACCCCUGUUUCAGAAGUUUUAAAAGUUCUCGAAGAGGCCGAACUACAGCCACUCACCCAGUGCCUGGAUAACAGCAGUGUUUGUGACCGCACACACACUGAAAGCCUUCAGCCUACAUUAGGACCUUCAGAUGAUCCUAAUGGAGUUAAACUGGGGCCUGACCCUCAGCCAAGCCAAGCUGUCACUGACCAAAGCCAAGAAGAGCAACCCACCAUCAUGCAGAACCGAGAUAAAGAACUUGCCAUUUACAAGGAUGAGGAACAAGCUCUUACUGACCAGGACCAAGACCAGCACACUCCCACUGACCAGGAUCAAGACCAGCAAACUUCCACUGACCAGGACCAGCACACUCCUGCCAUUUGUCAGGGUCAUGACCAAGUGCAAGAAUGUCCAAAGAAACAGUCAGACAUAGUGGUGAUGAGCAGUCAAGAGCUAAAACCAGGCUCGCCUGAAAAGAGUCUCCCUGAUGAAAAAAAGUCUGAGGAAACCGAUGAAGUGGAGUGUUUGUUUCUGAAGGAGGAUCUUCUGCAAAAAUCCAGACCUCCAGCUGAAGUGGUAAAUGCUUGGGAACAGAAGGUCCUCCAACCAAGGCCAGAAGAAGACAGUGCGGUACUGGCAGAGAAGCAGAAUGAUGAAGCACCCCAAAAUGCAGAGGAUGAAAAACAAGUUGGGGUUUCAGUGCCUGGAGAUGCUGCGUUUGUGAAGCUAAGCUGUAGUCCAGCUCACCGGCGUGCAAUGGCACUGUCUACCAUGUCUGCCCAGUCCUCUGUGGAAGACACCUCGUCCUCGGUGGCCUCCCGCUCGCGCUCCGUCUCACCAUUACGCCGACAUGAUGACUCCCUUUUGAUCGGCCUUUCCACAGGCCUUUUUGAUGCCAACAAUUCUAAGAUGCUGAGGACAUGCUCUUUACCUGAUCUCGGUAAAAUCUUCAGCGGCUCUACAGAACCCAACGGUGCCUCGGCCCAUGACCACAAUCUGGAGAUCGAGGAUGAGGAGUCUGACACAGAUGCAUAUGAGGAUGAAGAUCUGCGAGAGCUCAGAGCCUCUAUGGAGAGACUGCUGCAACAGCAACGAAGUGAUGAUGAAGAUGAUGAUGAAGAGAACGGUGUGUCUGACAGAAGUCCUCCCGAUGAAGACGACCAUGCUGAAUCAAACGGUCAGAGCAAGAGCAGUCCGGUGGAGGAUACCUUGAAGAGCGGAGUAGCUCUGGACGAGGAUGAAGACAAUCCAGACAGAAGUCCAGAAGAAGAGUCUAGUAACGGGCAUAAUGCAGAGGAGGAUGAAGAGCAGAACAGCGAGGGGAACCUCAAUGAGGAGUGGCAGUCAGAUGACAGUGAGGAAGAGGGGACGAGUGUUUCAGAGCAGCAGGAGAGUAUAUUCAGUCGUCUGGAAGAGCUGAGGUUCAAUCUGGAGCAGGCCAUGGGCUUUGAUCACUUCAUCCAAGCCUACAACAAGAUCAAGGCAAUCAUUGAAGACGAGGACUCGAGCAUUGCUGUGGGCCCUAACGUGGUACAAAGCAUUCUGGGACCUGAGCACCAGCACCUGUAUCCCAAAAUACUGCACUUAGUGAUGGCAGACGGAGCGUAUGAAGAAGAUAACGAUGAAUAAGUUGGCGCUUAUCCUCCCGUUACCGGUUGCUCAGGACAAUCUGCUGGCUCUGAAGUCUUCCCAUGAUGCUGUGCAUGAAGCAGACGGAGUGUCACUGGAGUGUUACUGCCAUGUCCAACAUCAAAAGAAUGAGUGUAAAUAAAAUGUAAUCUUAAUAUUAUUUAACCAAAGCUUGAUGGAGAGAGAGAGAUGUGCAUUUCUAACAUGUGACACUAUAUGUGAGAAUUUUUCACCACUUAGCAUUUACAAGCAGUCAAAGCCAUGAGUGGCCUGGGUCAAAGGUCAUGGGACCAUUGUAUCCUUCCUGCAUCAGGUAUCCUUUCACACAAUCCAGUCUCACGUUGUAUACAUAUGUGCGCGCACACACACACCGAGUACACAUCCUCUUUUUCUACUUUUUGUAGUAAGGAAAGCCUUUUACAGAACGACUUCAUAAACUGUUCAUUCCUGUUCUUUCCAUGCUUCCGGUUCCGGUGUUUACGUUUCACACGGCGAGCAGCCACAUGUAUUGGCUAAUCGAUGUUAACGCUUAACGUGUGCAUGCAUUAUACACACGGCAUGCUGUUGCACUUCUUCUGUAAUGUCAGCAAUUGAUGUCAUUGUAGGAAAUGAGUGUGUGGAAGCGGUCCGUAAAAGAUGUUCAGUAAAUUAUCUAAAGUCAAAAGCAUAAGUCUAAAGACUUAAAAGGAAACGAAACACAUUUAAAGCUAUAUGUGUAGUAAAAUGUCUUUCAAAAUGUUCGUCUUUGUAUUCUCAAAUAAAAAUGCUUAAUUUUUAA